AUGAGGAUACAGAUUGUUAAGCAAGCCUGGCCAUAUUUUGGGAUGUAUUUGGAGAAAUUCUUCAAAGACAACAUUGAACCUUCAAUAUGUAGAUCAAAUGUUUGCCUGAAAACUUUCAACUUUACGAAACUCAAUUUUGGAGAAAAGCCACCCAGAGUCUCUGGUGUUAAAGUGUACACAGAUCAAGUGGACAAGCGACAAGUGAUCAUCGAUUUGCAAAUUAGCUACGUAGGAGAUUGUGAAAUUAAUGUGGAGGUGAAGAAAGUAUGUAAAGCUGGAUUGAAGGGAAUGCAGCUGCAUGGUACACUCCGAGUGAUCCUGGAGCCAUUAUCUAGUCAGAUGCCCCUGGUUGGAGCUGUGACUUUGUUCUUCAUUCGCCGACCAGUUCUGGAAAUCAAUUGGACAGGGCUGACCAACCUACUGGAUAUUCCUGGUUUCAGUGAAUUGUCAGAUACAAAGAUUCUUGACACUAUUGCUUCCUACAUGGUCUUGCCUAAUAGAUUCGCCUGCCCACUAAUUAAUGGUGUCAAUGUUUCUCAGCUACGGUUUCCUUUACCACAUGGUGUGGUGAGAAUUUAUCUGAACAAAGCUGCAGAUUUAAUAAGCAAAGACACAUUCCUUAUGGGCAUGGUACAAGGGAAAUCUGAUCCCUAUGCUCUUAUUCGAGUCGGCACACAGACAUUUCGCAGCAAAACAAUUAAAGUAAACUUAAAUCCUGAAUGGUAUGAAAUCUACGAGGCUGUAGUUCAUGAAGCCCCUGGUCAAGAUUUGGAGUUGGAACUUUUUGAUGAAGACCCAGACAAGGAUGACUUCCUUGGCAGCCUCGUUAUAGAUCUUGGGGAGGUGAUGAAAGACAGAGUUGUGGAAGAGUGGUUUCCUCUGAACGAUGUGGAACAUGGGAAAGUUCAACUAAAGCUUGAAUGGCUGUCUUUGGUCACUGAUCUAGAAAAAGAACCUACGAAGACUCUUCCAGGCCAAUCAAAUGCAAUACUGGUUGUUUAUCUGGAUAGUGCAUGUCAUCUGCCCAGAAAUCAAUUUGAGUACACCAAUAGUGAGUCCAGUGUUAAGAAAAAGAACAAAUCAAACUACAUCAAGUCAACAAAGAGGGCUAACUUGGAACCUAGCUGCUCUGUUCAACUUGUUGUUGGAAACAGCAUACAAGAAAGUAAGAUUUCCUACAAUACAAAUUCACCAAUUUGGGAACAAGCAUUUGUAUUCUUCAUCAAAAAUGUUCACUCCGAACAACUAAGCUUAGAGAUCAAAGACAAAGACUGGGAGUGUGCCCUUGGGAUCUUGACCAUUCCUUUGUAUCAAUUGUUGAAAGCAUCAGAUAUGACCCUUGACCAAAGGUUUCCACUAGAACACUCGGGCCCCAACAGCCUUGUAAAAUUGAAGAUGGUUCUUCGGAUACUCACCACUGAGGAACCAGAUCCUGACAGUGUCUACACAGGACUGAAUGCCCUUAAAAAGGGUCCUAUUUCAAUAAAGAAAAAGAAAAAUGGAAGCCAGCCUAACACUCCUCCUCCAACUUUAGGAUCAUCAAAUGUUCCAAAGACGUGCGGUAAUAGUACAGUAUGUGACCCGAUGGAGAAAGAAGAAAGGCAGCCUAAAGAUGCUGACGAAAUUAAAUCAGAACUGCCAAUAUCUCCAACGCAAUCCAGCUCAUCAGAUGCCAUAAAAGAUAUGACUAGGACUGCUUUUGAAUCGUCAUUCACCAUUUCUACCCUUGGCCCUCAGCAGCUGCCAAAUGGUGUGGCCCUUAAUGAAGAAUCUUUAGGCAAAAUCCAGCUCACCGUGCGAUAUUCCACUGCACGUCACAGCCUGAUUGUAAUUGUUCACUGCUGCAGAAGCCUGAUAUCCUGUUCAAAUGAUGGAUCAGAUCCAUAUGUACGGCUUUACCUUCUUCCUGACAAAAGCUGGUCAGGCCGGAGAAGAACACAUGUCAAAAAGAAGACUGUGGAUCCACAAUACGAUGAAAAAUUUGAGUUUACAGUUUCAAUAGAUGACAUUCCAAAACGAAAAUUAGAUAUUGCUGUAAAGAACAACCGGUCAUUUGGAUCCCAUGAGAGGAAAGAACUUGGAAAGGUUUUGAUUGACAUCCCAAAUGAUAAAUUAACCCCAGGUUUUACACAAUGGUAUAAACUGACCAAUGAUGGAUUGCCAAGCAAAGUGACAGAAAACCUUUAAUGCUAUUAAUCCAGAAGCUCAUUUGAUAUUCAGUGGUUUUGUUUGGUGGAAGAUCUGUGUAUUUUCAUGUUAAAUCGCUGAAUGUGCAUUCUGUUAAGACUUGAUGACCACAUUGCAAGAAACAGAAUUGUGUAUAUGCCUAAAUUUCUUAACUACAUGUCCAAAAAGGUCAAUUCUUUAACUAAGCCAGGUGCUGUAAUCACUGCUAUAUUCAAAUGAAGUAGCUACAGCUUUAUGGAUAUAGCACUACAGAGAAGCAGUACACUAUUCACCCUCCAGCCCCCAGGGACGAUCUCCCUAGUCAGUUGUAUUUAUAGGUUAAUAGAAAUGUAAUUCAAAUUGUCCUGCACUUUAAAUCCUCAACAACCUUGUCCAAGAUCAACAGUAAAGUCUUGCAAAUUUCAUUAAACCAGGGCCAAAGCCUUCUGAAGGAAAAAAAAAUCUACAUUCCCACUUCCAGUCCUGAAUUUAGAGAUUUGAUAGUGUUUUUGGUAGUCCACUAUAAGAUCCUUUUUUUGUAGAAUCUAAAGUAAAUCACUACAUACCUGAAGCUUAUACAAUUUGAGGUUAAGCAACCUAUCCUCAGUUUAGCCCUUCAAAACACCAAUAUUAUUGGUUUUAGAGAAAGUACAGUGAUCAUUUGUGGUGUAAAGCCUGAAAUGAUAUACAGUAUUCAAGCUGGGGUCCAAUCAAGGCUGUUGGUUGUGUGGGGCGGUUGGUGGAAAUCCUUAGCUAAUUGAUGUUACAAAUGAGUUGAUUGGCAAAAAGGGAUGUAGAUCAAAGCCAAAUAAUGGAGCUGAAGUACAGAUCAGUAAGACCCAACUGAAUAGUAGAAUAGGGUCAGGGGACUGAAUAAUCACAAGAUGCAGCAGCAGGAGUAAACCUUGUGAACCUGCUCCACAAUCUUUAAAUAUAACCGUGGUCAAUCUUGGGCAUUUCCUGUGAGUAGCCUGUCCGGUGUUUUAUCCCAUUUAAAAUAACGGGAUUUUAAAAACAUUUACUGCGUGGUUUCUAAAAUCUCAUGAACUUUACCAAUGUGUACGUGGACUCAGAUCCUUCUUUCUCCCUCUAGUUUCCCAUCUCUCAAUCUUUAAGGAAAUAUCUGAUAGCUUAUGUGCCAUAACAAUCUCAUCUUGGCUUUCAUACCCAUUUGUGUUGAACUCACUGAACUGAGAGAAAUUGACAGUAGCAAACAUUUUCUUUAAUUUUCUGAAUGAACAAUGUUAAAAAUCUCAUUCCUGAUGUCAGCUUAUACACUAGAUAAAGUUGAUUUGUACUAGUACUCUGGGUGCAUGCAUUAAUUGAUUAUUUCCCCACAUCCUAUUUAACUUGUUUUGCUACUAAUUUAGUAAGAUUUUAAUUUUUACAUACGUUUCCUGGCUUGAAAAACCAACUUUGUACAAGGUACUUUUACUAAUGGAGCUGGAAUUGUCUGGUAACCAAAUAGUGAGUUAUGGAAAAUAAUGUAAGAAUUGGUCAAAUAUUGCCAGUUAACACUUGUAUUAAGGAAAACAGGUCUAUUUUUAUCAAAGUGUUUACAUUUGUAAAUAUGUUAUUUGAUGUUGGUUAGAGUAUGCUGCUUUAAAGAAUAUGCUCAUGACUGAGCAUGGCCACUGAAUUAUAAUUUGCUAUUUAUUAGCUGCUGUAAAUAAACUGAUUUCAUAUAAACAACUAUGUUUACUUGAUCCGGUUCCUGGCACUAAAUAAAUGUAACAAACAAAAACCUGA